UCCGGGUGUCGCCUCCUCAACGCAGACGCGUCGCGGUGAUUGCAGCGCUCUGCGUUUCCGCGUUAGCAGCGGGGGGAACCAGCCGAGGGUAGGGAACGGACCACAGCGAGAUUGGUCAAAUCUAACUGGAUUACGCUGCCCGUGUCGCGAUUAAAAUGAAAAAGAAGUGAUUUUCGAGUCGGCGGCCGUGUUUAGGAAAUGAGUGUGGGAUUAUGACACGAGACGGGAUGACAACACUGCCUGACAUGUGAGACAUCAGGACAAAUACAACAACAGUGCGCUUGUGUGGCUGUCUCCGCCACCGUCUGUUUAUGCUCGCUCUGCUGAUGCACAUUUUGCAUUCGUUUCGCAUUUGCUGGGAGGCAAUAUGAAGAAGUUUAAUAUCAGGAAGGUGUUGGACGGCUUGACUGCGGCGUCCUCUUCCUCCUCCGCCGCCGCUGCCGCGUCCCCUCAGUCUGGAAACAGGGAGAAUGACAUGAUUCAGGAGACUCUGCAGUCAGAGCAUUUCCAGCUCUGCAAGACAGUGCGACAUGGCUUUCCCUAUCAACCCUCCUCCAUGGCUUUUGACCCUGUGCAGAAAAUUCUGGCUAUUGGCACACAAAGUGGAGCCCUGAGACUAUUCGGCCGAGCAGGAGUGGAGUGUUACUGCCAGCAUGAGAGCGGAUCGGCUGUCAUCCAGUUGGAGUUUCUUGUCAAUGAAGGGGCGCUGGUUAGUGCUUUGGCAGAUGACAGUAUUCAUUUGUGGAAUCUGAGGCAAAAACUUCCAGCCAUCCUUCAUUCUCUUAAAUUUAAUCGGGAGAGGAUCACGUUUUGCCAUUUGCCGUUUCAGAGUAAAUGGCUGUACGUGGGCACUGAAAGAGGGAACAUUCACAUUGUCAAUGUGGAGUCCUUCACCCUCUCAGGAUAUGUGAUCAUGUGGAACAAAGCCAUCGAACUUUCCUCAAAGACUCACCCUGGACCUGUAGUUCAUAUCAGCGAUAACCCUAUGGACGAAGGGAAACUUUUAAUUGGUUUUGAGUGUGGCAUAGUUGUGCUGUGGGACUUGAAAUCGAAGAAGGCUGACUGUCGGUACAACUAUGACGAGGCGAUCCACUCUGUGGCUUGGCAUCACGAGGGGAAACAGUUUGUGUGCAGUCACUCAGAUGGCACGCUUACCACAUGGAAUAUACGCGCUCCUGCCAAGCCUGCCCAGAUCAUUACGCCGCAUGGUAAACAGCCCAAGGAUGGAAAGAAGCCAGAGCCUUGCAAACCCAUCUUGAAAGUGGAGUACAAAACUACCAGGGCAGGGGACCCAUUCAUGAUACUGUGUGGAGGUUUGUCAUAUGAUACAGUGGGUAGGCGAGCCUGUCUGACUGUGAUGCAUGGGAAAAGCACUGCAGUGCUGGAGAUGGACUACCCCAUAGUGGAUUUCUUUACGCUGUGUGAAACCCCAUAUCCAAACGAUUUCCAGGAGCCUUAUGCGGUUGUUGUCCUGCUGGAGAAGGAUUUGGUUGUCAUUGACCUUGCACAAAUUGGGUAUCCGAUCUUUGAGAAUCCAUAUCCUCUGUCCAUCCACGAGUCUCCAGUGACCUGCUGCGAAUAUUUUGCGGACUGUCCAGCUGAAGUCAUUCCUGCCAUCCAGAUUCUGUCCUGGUGUCCAGAGAGCCGUGUGCUCUGUGUGGCUGGAGUAUCGGCUCAUGUCAUAGUCUACAGGUUCAGCAAACAGGAAGUCACCACUGAAGUGGUUCAGCUCCUGGAGGUGCGUAUGCAGUGUGAGCUGAAUGAAGUGGAGUCUCCCGAGGGCGGAGGCGAGCAGGCGUCAGCUGUUUCCACCCCAGGAACCUCAUCCAGCCCUCAGACCAGCCUGCCUCAGUCCCACCCCUCCACCAGCAGCAACAACUCGUCUGACGGCCUGCGAGAUAAUGUGCCCUGUCUCAAGGUCAGGAGUUCUCCUCUCAAACAGUCUCCGGGUUACCAGGUGGAGCUGCUCAUUCAGCUGGUGUGGGUCAGCGGGGAGCCGCCACAACAGAUCACCAGCCUGGCCGUCAACUCUGCAUAUGGCCUAGUUGCUUUUGGCAAUGGUAAUGGACUUGCCGUGGUUGAUUACCUUCAGAAAACUCUGCUUCUGAACGUGAGCACAGCAGAGCUGUAUGGCUCAACAGAUCCUCACCACAGACAACCACACUCGCCCCGCAAAACCAGACAGCCCUCGGCAGACACUCUGCAUAAGAAGUCUUGCAUGUCCGGCCUCUCUAACUUUUAUUCUGAAUCUGUGAAAAAGCUUCGUUCUUCUUACCUCAGUCUUUGUGAUGGUAAUGAUGCAUCAGCCACACCAGAGGAGAGAUGCAAAUCACCAACUUCAGGCUCCGGUUCACCGUGCAAUUCUGAUGAAGACAGCAAACAAAAGUUCAUUGACAAGGUGAAGUCCACAAGCAAGCGGAUAUCCAAGACUUUUGCCAAUGACUUUGCUAAGAUAUCCCGGAAAAUUAACAUGAUUGCUGAUCAGAAAGAUGACGCCAGGGACAACUCGUUCAGCCGCUCACGCAGCUCCAGUGUGACCAGCAUUGACAGAGAGUCACGUGAGGUCAUUUCUUCCUUCUACUUUUGUGACUCCCUGUCCAAGAAGAGCGAGACUGUGGCAGUGCCCAGCCUGUGGGUGGGCACCUCAUUGGGCAGCAUGCUGGCCAUCGCCCUCACUGUGCCCUCCACACCAGAGCAGAGGAUGCAACAGCCUGUGGGCAUCUCUUUCUGUGGUCCAGUAGUGCGCUUGAAGGGAGGUAUUUUGCGCAUGGCCCAGCUGGAUGCCAGCGGGACCCUUCUGCCUCAUGUUUACGAGUCCUGGUUUGAGCCCAACGCCCCUGAGGAGGAGAGAGAACGGCCACGGAGACGCCGGCCCACCUCGCCUCCUUCUUCUCAGGAGAACCCGGACUGUCAGUACGCUGUGGUCUGCUCAGAGAAACAGGCUAAGGUGGUGGCGAUGCCCUCCCAAAACUGUGUCUAUGAACACAACAUCACAGAGACCUCCUUCGUACUUAGAGCAGAUGUGGUGACGAUGACUGCAGGGGUCGGCAUUGCCUGCUUCUGUGCCAAUGGCCAUAUCAUGACCCUCAGUUUGCCCAGCCUGCGGCCACUGCUAGAUGUGAACUACCUUCCCCUGACAGACAUGAGGAUAGCUAGAACCUUCUGUUUCUCAAACCAAGGCCAAGCCCUGUACCUCACAUCGCCCACUGAGAUCCAAAGAAUCACCUAUAGCCAGGAAACCUGUGAUAACCUGCAGGAGAUGCUCGGAGAGCUGUUUACUCCAGUGGAGACACCAGAGGCUCCAAACCGAGGCUUCUUCAAGGGCUUGUUUGGAGGCGGGGCUCAGUCCUUAGACAGAGAGGAUCUGUUUGGAGAGGUGGCUGCUGGUAAAGCUUCACGCAGCCUGGCGCAGCACAUCCCAGGUCCAGGUGGUAUGGAGGGCAUGAAGGGGGCCGCGUCCGGUGUGGUGGGAGAGUUGGCACGGGCGAGGAUAGCUCUGGACGAGAGAGGACAGAAACUAGGCGAGCUGGAGGAGAGGACAGCAGCCAUGAUGGGCAGCGCUGACUCCUUCUCUAAACACGCGCAUGAUAUAAUGCUGAAAUACAAGGACAAGAAAUGGUACCAGCUCUGAGGUCCCUGCAGGGAGUCAGCGGACCUUCCUAUGAAGACAGCAGAUCCAUCAUCUCUCCUCCGUUUCUUCCUUCUCUUCCUGUAUCUCUCUCUCUCUCUGUGAUGUCCAGAGACUGCCACUCGCGCUCAGCUCAACGUCACGCGGCAUUACCUCGAGCUGAGGAGCUACGGAAAGACAGAGGAGACAGGAGGGGAAGGAAUGGGACAGGCGAAACGCAUCAGGACGGGAUUUCCUUCCCUUCUCGGUGGCAGUUGAGUUUCCUCUCCUGAAAACAAAGCUGUGGAUCUUGUCUUGGGAGAGGAGGCCCAUCACCGGUGCUGCCCCCUGUCUUAUACCUUCAUACGCCACGCUGUCAUUUUCACUGCCAUUCUGUCUGCAAAGAAACUACCGAAAGGACAUUUUGGGAAAUGAAAGAUUUAAGAUGAAUGAAAUGAGUCAGAUGGACAUAGAGCUGACAAAAGAAAGUCUAACGUCUGCAGCAUUGCCAAGCUUAAUGCUUCUGAUAAUCUGUCACUAGAGCAAGAAUAGGUUGCAUGUCUAGUGAUUUCAUUUAGGAAAUUAGUGCUUUUUCUUGUUUUUGGAAUUGGGAUGAAUCUCAUCUAGCUAAUAUUUCACCCCAAAAUCAAGAUUUUGCAUAAAGAAAACCUGUUCUUUAAGCGAAAAAUUACAUAAAUUUGAUUUUAGGUUGAAGCAUAGCUAGAUUUCAUGAGAUUCACCCAGUAAUCAUGUUAGCUAUGGAAAAGGCCGGAUUGUGUUAUGUAAGGUGUGAUGAAGUACCAUUUAAUUUCACCUCUAAAGGGCUGGAAGUUGCUGUAUUUGCCACAUAUCAUGUGAUUAUUUUGCCAUAUGAAAUUGCAGACGGGCCUGGGCAGCAAAGCUGAUCUGAUCAUGCAUCAUUUUGUUGUUCUUUCGUCUAAAGGACGUAUUGGUUUACACUGAUCAGGUCUCAAAAGAGCUUUUAGGGAAGAGCUCUGACUCUGAUGUACACUAUACGCUGUGUUGACACUGGAGAAAGAUGUUCAUUUUAAGUAUAUAUAAAGAUCUAAUUAGCGUGACUGUCUAAAAGCGUGUCUGGCUCAUAUUGCACACCAACAUCAAAAGAAAAAGUAAUAUUUAGCAUGAAGACAAAUACGAUUUUUUGCAUUGUGCUUCGAAAAAAACACUGUAAUACAAUUUUUUUUAAAUUU